AUGUCGACACCAACAUCGACGACCGGGGCUGUCAUCCCUAACCUCAACAGCGUCUACAGUGGCGUGCCGACCCGGCUGGCGAAUGAGGCUGUGGCUGCAAAGUCAAGAUUGGACUCUCAGCGGACAGUCAGGGAAAGCUCAGUACGAAAGACGGUCUCCUUACCGCCAGGUAUCGGAAAGGAGCAAUUUGAACGCGCCAUCAACGAGUUGAAAUCCUCUCUUGGCCGCGAAAAUGUUGAGAUCAACGAUAAGCCACUUGUCGAUGGAUGGUACAUGCAGCAUCCGAACACUCAUGACGCCUAUCAUAUUGCUGAUCAGGAAGAUUUGACCUCGAGUGCAGCAGUAUACCCGGCAGACACUGCUGAGGUCCAACUCAUUGUUCACUGGGCAAAUAAGCACAAAAUACCCGUUUAUCCAAUCAGUAUGGGACGAAAUAUAGGAUACGGUGGCGCUGGUUGUAGGGUGAGAGGCUCAGUCAUCAUCGACCUUGGGCGAAGAAUGAACAAAAUCUUGAAUAUUGAUGCUGAUAAUGCAUCAUGCCUCGUCCAACCUGGUGUCUCGUACUUCGCUCUCUAUGAGGAGAUACAGAAACGCAAAUUACCAUUGUGGAUCGACUGUCCGGACCUGGGCGGUGGUAGUGUUCUUGGCAAUGCUAUCGAUCGAGGAGUUGGCUAUACGCCCUAUGGAGAUCACUUUGCCAACCAUUGUGGAAUGGAGCUCGUACUUCCGACAGGGGAACUUCUUCGAACAGGCAUGGGAGCAAUGCCUGGUAAAGAUGGAGCCGAUAACCCCACCUGGCAAUCUUUCCAGGCAGCCUACGGGCCAUAUAUCGACGGCAUCUUCAGCCAAAGUAAUUAUGGUAUAGUCACACAGAUGGGAUUUUGGCUCAUGCCCGAAACUGGGCACCAGUCUUAUAUGAUUACUUUCAAGCAUGAAGAAGACUUUGAGCACAUUGUUGAAGCUAUACGGCCACUCGCACAGAAAAGAAUCCUGGGCAACAUCCCACAGUUGCGACAUGUCAUUCAGGAACUCGCAGUAACAGGCAAACCACGCUCCACCUGGUACAAAGGCAAAGGGAAGAUGCCUAGAGAAGUCAUCCGGGAAGCCGCAAGUAAAUUGCCGUGUGGUGAUGUAUCUUGGGUGUUUUAUGGUACACAGUAUGGAGAUCAAGCCACCAUCAAUUCACAGUUGAAGAUCAUCCAAGAGGCUUUCGGGAAAAUUCAAGGUUCGAAGUUUAUGCUUCCAAAUGAUCUUCCACCGGAUCACUACAUCCACUCGCGAGCUCAGGUUUGCAGCGGUGUACCAGUACUCCGAGAACUCGACUGGCUGAACUGGGUACCCAACGCUGCUCACCUCUUCUUCUCGCCAAUUUCUCCCACCAAAGGAAAGGAUGCCAAAGCGAUUCACAGUGUCAUUACGAAGCUGCACACAAAAUGGGGAUUUGAUGUUUUACCAACGAUCUGCAUCGCUUCACGUGAGGGUCAUUACAUCUCGAACAUAGUGUACAAUCGUGCGGACGAAGACGAGAAGCGCCGCGCCACCGGACUGAUGCGAGAAAUGAUCAAUGAGUCUGCAAAGCUGGGAUAUGGCGAAUACAGAACGCAUCUUUUGUUUGCGGACCAGGUGGCUGAGACGUACAGCUGGAAUAAUGGCGCUCUACGAAGGUUCAACGAAUCCAUUAAAGAUGCUCUGGACCCGAAUAGCAUUCUGGCGCCAGGAAGGAACGGCAUCUGGGGCCAAAGAUUCAGAGGCAAGGGUUGGGAAAUUCUGAAGGGGGAUCAGAGAGAUAUGCUGAAGGACGGAGUGGCACCAAAACUGUAG